AUGGAUGGAAGACCGCGCAACUACCCCCCCAAUGCUAUGGGGGACCCCCGGGCUCCCGCCAAUCGCCCGUCUACUGGAGGCGCAAGAGGUCCACCUUCCACUGCCAGCUCUAGCGCUCCAUCAUCUGGAAUGUCCCGCGCCGACCGUUUCGACGACGAACGGCGUAGGAUCACGGAAAGCUGCUUCGCCAAAGUAGACGACCAAGGACAGCUUCAGGAGUCGUAUAUUACCCAUAUCCGCGUUCAAGAAGAUGGCCUUCAUCCUCAGACUCCGCCUCCUCCCACCUCUCCGCCCUCCGGUAAAAAAAGUCGCAUAAUUAUGAUCUCUGUAAGAAAUACGGGGAGGGUGAAGUUGCACAAAGCACGAGAGAACGCCAACGGCACCUUUUCAAUCGGCAAGUCAUGGCCUAUGGAGGAAUUAUCUGCCGUGGAAAAUUAUGUUCAUUUGACUCCCCGGAACGACGACGAGGCGCAGCAUAAGCAGUGGGCCGGAGACAAAGGGUUUACCGUGACCAUCACCAAGCCCUACUACUGGGAGGCAGGGACCGCGAAAGAGAAGGAGUUCUUCAUCGGCAGUAUGGUCAAAAUCUACAACAAAUACACCAAGGGAGACUUCCCCGUCUUGACUGGCUUUAGUGCAGCCGAGCUCAAUAGCCUGACAAAUGGGCAACCACACCUCGCAACAGGAGAGGGGCGUGCAGCAUUUGCAGCUGGGGGUAGAGAAGCGCAAGUCCCUAGCCAACCUCGACAGGGUACUCCAGAACUGAGGCAGUUUCCGCCAAAGUCCCCGGGUCCACCUCCAAGAAGGCCUGGAGAGUCGCCACUUGUACCUUCUGAUGACGGGAGGAGAGGUCCCAUGCCCGGCGCGAACCCGAAUUUUAGAAGACCACCAGGAGAAUAUCAGGGUCCCAGGAGACCUGGCCACCAAGAUGAUCAGUUUCGCGGCGGCAGCAGACCUGGCACUGGAGAUGAUAGCCGAAGGCCUUCACCUUUCAACCCAAAUCAAGGCACGCCACCAUUACCAGAUCUCAGGCAGAAGCGGUCCGUAGAGCAGAGCAUUCGUUCGCGGCCCAGUGGGGAUAGCAUGAGAAUGCGUCCUGGUCAAGGUCCUAUUCCGCCAACUCCACCCUUCCCAUCACAAACAUUGACGCCUCAAUCUUCAACUUCAGAGCUUGCCCGGCCUCCGAAGACCCCAGAGUCAGGCAAUAUUCCGUCAAGUUUAACCCCUGGGCGAGCUCAACCCCAAAGACCGCAGAGGUCCCUGGAGGAACUCUCGUUUGAUGGAGCAGCACCAGCUUUUGCUCCGCCAGAGCAACGCAGACAGAACGGGUAUCCCUCGCUUCGGCGGGAUCAAUCUCCACGAGGUCUUAGACCUGGUACAUCACAAAGCAACACCAGCUCCAACCUUACUCGGAACGACGAUGUGCCUCCAGAAGAGCCUCCACAACGGAGGAGACCGAUCAUGGAACCUAAAUCUUCGCAGAUGUCGCAGCGGAGCAAUGAUAGCCAGGGACCUGAACCGCGCACUGUAUUUCAUACCCCUUCGCAAUCUCCAGCACCGUCGAUAGACGUACCACCACGAAGACGGCCUCAGGAGAUCCCAGAAAGACCCAAGGUCGCUCCUCAGGAUAGCACGGAGCCUCUUCAAGAUACGUUGUCUGGUGCAAAGCCUGCACCACCUCCAACAUCCCCCCUCCCACAAAUACCUAAUGCGCCAAUAACACAAGCGCCACAACCUGCUGAGGCUGUUCCUGUAGUGCCUAUUCAACACGAGCCACAGCCUACUGAGACUGUACCCGUAGUCCCCAUACCUCAGGCGCCACAGCCUGCCGAGACUGCACCUGCAGUGCAGCCAACGUCUGCGACCACGGAAAAAGAUAAUGAAGUUGCUCACCGCCCCGGCCUUGGUCCCAUGAUUAAAAACAAGAUGAACAAUGCUGAUGCAGCAAAUAAAUUUCGAAAAGCGGCAGCAGCUGCCGGGGCAUUUAAACCCCGAGCUGGCGGUGCCGCUGCAAAGCUGUUCUCGAAGGAAACGAAGACAUCCGACGAGCCGGACGGCGUCAACGCGGUGUUUGUACCCCAGCGAACAACACCAAAAGCAAUGCCUCAAGAAGAAGUAGAGAAGAAGCCCGAGGAAGGGCCCAAGACGCUACCGGAUAGAUCAUCGAAGGACCGACUGCGAAUUAGCACCAAGGUGGUUCCAGCUGUAACAGUUUCUAGUCCUUUGUCUCCCGCCCCAGCUGUUGCUCUACCUGAAGUAGAAGAGACGCCCAUUCCACCGACCCCGGAGAAAUCACCAACAAGGAAAAUUGAAGUUGAACCCGAACUGAAGCGUAAGAAGCGAAGGUCCAACCAGCAGAUCAUGAACAUUUCCAAGCUUGGUAUAGACCCAAGUGUCGUCGAUGAGCGAGGCCUCGAGUUCGAAAGUCUGCUCUCGGAGCUGGGGUGGGGCACCAGCGAGCUAUCAGCCAAGAACAUCGAGUCAUUAGAAAUCGAUAUCAAACGCGAGAUCGCCCGUGUUGAAGCAGGCAGCUGGCUCAACCAUUUGGAGCAGAAAGACGAUCGUGUCGAGGCCGUUGAGCGAAUGCUUGAUCGCGCCAUCGCAGAGUGCGAUGAGCUAGAAGGCCUACUAACACUAUACAAUGUCGAACUAAGCAGCUUGAACGAUGACAUCGCUUUCAUCGAAGCACAAAGCCAAGGCUUGCAAGUGCAGACAGCCAACCAGCGAUUGCUACAGCAUGAACUCCAACAACUAGUUGAGACGAUCUCGAUCACUACCGAUCAACUCGAGCCCUUACGCCGUGCUCCUAUAGGGAAGAUCAGUGGUCUCCAGGACAUUGAAUUCUCCCUAAUUCUCCUCUACAAAGCACUCAUUACCAUAGAUCCUUCAUUCGUUGCAGAUGGGCGUUCAAGUGGUGCCGAAGCGAUCAAUAGCCGAUCAGGUUUUGGUAACAGUGAUCUGGCUACAAUGCAGGCUCUACAGGAGAAACGAGACAGAUACCUCAGUGAGGGUGCUAUGUUUCUGGAUCGACUUAAAAAACACAUGGAAAUUACAUUCGGCGCUGCCUUUAUGUCAACCAAAGAUGCCCUUUCAAACAUCGAUCAGGGCUCUAUGCCAUCUUUGAAGAAGAACAUAGAUGCACAUGAUGCAGGCCGAAGCGAGCUGUGGAUGUUGAGUCCGGUCAUGCUCUUUGCCAAAGAGAUUGAUCGGACCUCUUGGGAUGCGCUGCUCCGGAUGUAUCAGACACAGGCUGCUCAAUUGUACCAACAGGAAGUCCGCGACAACAUUCUUGCGUGGCGGCGGUUUGCUCGAAAGCCUACCGGCGAGGAGCAGGAACUCUUGUUCACAGCGCAGGAGAAGGAGACGGAAAGUAUUACAGGCACGGCAAGGAAACUGACUGUCAAGCGAAGUCAGACCCUUGCCCGUGGCCUACGAUCAGCGUCUGGUGAGAAGGAGAGCAAAGUAAGCAAACCUAGCCAAGACGGCAAGCUCUAUGCCUUCGACGUCUUUGCUAGGGUACUAGACGAUACUGGUCCUGUACUUUUGACCGAGCAGAACUUCAUAACCGAGUUCUUCCACGCGACCUCCACCGACUCCGUUGACUUCCCCGAGGCAGUUCAAGCAGCGCCUCCUGAGGCACGUCGGGGACCAAAUCUUUGGCUAAGAAAGCAGUUCGAAGCUGAUCGGGCGAUGGCAAAGCAUGUGACUGGGGUCAUGGAGGAAAUUUUCUCAUUCUGGCCCACUGAGAUCCAAAACCUCGUAGAAUGGGCUGUACAAGGAGAUCCUUUGCAGGGCGUAGGGAUAUUAUGUGCGGUUGACAGAAAGAUGGUCGACAUUGAAGAUUCCAACCAAGACUUUUUGACCAGAAACCUGCAGAAGAUCCACGAGCGUCUGCAAGGUCUUUUCAAUCGCUUCCUUGAUGAGCAAAUACGUGCUAUCGAAGAUACCAAAGUCAAGAUCAAGAAGCGCAAAGGAGUUAUCGCGUUCAUGAAAACCUUCCCUCACUUCUCUAUCGCAAUCGAGAACAUGCUGCCGCCUGCAUCUGAAGGGGGCGACCAGCUAGAGAUCAGACGUAUGGUCGAUGAAGCAUACCAGCGGAUCAAUAAAGCCAUGUUCGAGAGCUUGAAGGUCAUCGCUAAAGAGUCACCUGCUGUCAUGGCUUCACAAGGUCAAGGCGAUCCGGAAGACAAGGAAGCACUCAAUUACCAUAUCCUGCUCAUCGAGAAUAUGAACCACUACAUAGAGGAAGUCGAUGCACGCACUGACUCAGUGUUGGACUACUGGAAGGGCAAGGCUCAUGAUGAGUACGACGAGCAUAUGGGCCUUUACGUCGACGCCGUCAUCCGGCGACCGUUGGGUAAACCUCUGGAAUUUAUUGAGUCCACUGAAACGCUCCUCGCCCAACCCGGCGCUAGCGCACAGUCCAUCGCGCAACGCUCCUCCCACUCCAAGUACGUCUUUAAGAAACUUGUGCACGCGAACGACGCGAAAGAACUCCGCAAGGGCAUCGAAGCUCUCAAAAAGCGCGUCGACAAGCAUUUUGGUGACGCAGACGAUCCGUCCAUCAGUAGAGACUUGGUCUUCAAGGUGCUUAAAGAGUGCGAGAAGAAAUAUCUUGACAUGUCGGAGAGAAUGGUCACAAUCAAUCAGGAUGUGUAUGCUGGGGAGGUGGAGAUUGAUUGGGGAUCGAAUGAGGUCAACGCUGCAUUCAGGAGGUAG